UGAGGUGAAUAAAAAAUGUAUAAAAAUAUAUUGUUUUUAUCUAUUGGACUGUUCUUUAUUGGCACAGCCGUGAUAGCUGACGAUGAGGAAUCCACGAGGGUACGGCGAUGUUUCCAGUUCACAUGGCUUGGACCGGCGUAUACAAACACUAGUAACUUUCUGAACGGAACAUGUGAAGAAGCCACCCGUUUGGCUGACGGGGUGCCCUGCCAACGCCCUCUGGUCGCUUCUUACGAUGGAACAUGGCCCGACAUAGACUACAUCUGGAGAAAUUAUUUACUUAAUGCGUCCUGCAUACUCGCCAGGAAUGAUGUGUGUGCUAAGUUCACCUAUUAUUUCGAUGGACAUGUGGAAAACGCGACCUACAUGUGUACUAGAGCUAUAAAUUCGAGGGGACAAGCCAUCACAAGUGGAUGUUACGAUGAAGUCAACGGUAGUUUUUCAACUAGAGUCUGCUUAUGCCAAAAAUUCGACAAAAUGUAUUCAGUGCUAACAAGAGGUAACGCUAUCCUUACGUACACCCUGAGUGUGCUAGCAUGUCUCACCUUCCUUUGCUUUCUAUCCACUUUAACAGUGGAUUACAGAACUGCAGCAAAUAUGAACACGGUAAAAGUAGUCGUGAAAAAUGUACCGGACUACGGUGCGUCUAGGGAGAGGAAUGAUCUCGGUUUCCUGACUUUUGAUCUGAAGACUGACCUGUCGUCACUGUUUAAUUGGAACGUAAAGCAGUUGUUUCUAUACCUUACCGCAGAAUAUGUAACCCCAAACAAUGAACUGAAUCAAGUGGUUCUCUGGGAUAAAAUCAUCCUCAGAGGAGAGAAUGCUAUUCUAGACUUUAAGAAUAUGAACACUAAGUACUAUUUCUGGGAUGAUGGAAAUGGUCUGAAAGGCCACAACAACGUUACGCUUACUCUUUCAUGGAACAUAAUCCCUAAUGCAGGUCUGUUGCCAAAUAUUGAAGCUAUUGGCCAGCAUUCUUUCAAGUUCCCUACAGAGUACACUCAAACGAGAGUAUGAUCUCCGCCUAGUCGAGUGAAGGUUAUUUUCCUUACAUAGGUGAGACUGUGACUGUGUGUGCAAGAUCGGGAAAUAUAUUGGUUAUAUUAAUGACAGGACUUUAAUUUAGAACACCCUGUAAAUUUUGCUCUUUUUAUAUUAAAAUUUAACGUGUCCAUUACGAUAGCUGGAC